CUCUUGAAAUCUGUUUUAGAAAAUUAACAGUCACAGCAACACUGACACAUUCACAAAGCAAGCACACAAGCAUCCACAUACACGGAAAGUUUCACAUAUUAUAUUGAGUAGCCACAGAGUUCAGUUGCGUUUUUGGUUUUGUUCGAGGUGCACAAAAAGGAAGUUGAUGUGAUCCUUCGGCACAUUCAGGAAUUUAAAUAGAAUACAGAUUUCAUAAACGAACGGGAUGCUGCGGGUUCAAACGUUAUUUUUUGUCACGCUGCUUCUGUGCUGCAGCCAUGGACAACUGAUGAAAUGCACGUACGGCGAGAGGGGCUCCCUGACAGCAACUUGCGUCAAUGCGACUUCGACCUUCUUCCGAGCCACAAGCUACAGAUUUGACAGCCUCGACGAAACGGUCAGGUGCAUCAAUUGCAAUUUAGAAAUCAUCGAGUCCAAUGCUUUUGAUCUUUCUGGAAAUGAGAUUCAGACGUUGGACUUGCAGAACAGCAAGAUCACUACGUUGAAAGACUCCGCCUUUGUUGGACUCGUCUUUCUCAGGAAUCUAUUUUUGCAGAACAAUAUGAUUUCGGCGGUUUAUCCCGGAGUCUUCAAAGGAACCAAGAAAAUUAGGAAUCUUCAAAUGUCCAACAAUUCGAUAUCGGUGCUCGUCGCGUCCGGAUUUAAGGAACUCCUCAAUCUGACCACAUUGAACUUAGAAAGUAAUAAAAUUAAAACUAUUGGCAGUAAGGCAUUCGAAGGUUUAUAUUCGCUCACCGAUCUUAAUUUAGGUCAUAAUGUAAUUAAAGAAAUCAAGGACGUUUUUAACCAUUUACCUAAAAUACUUAAAGUCAAUCUUGAAAACAAUGAAAUCGAGACGAUUAAAUCUUUAGAUUUUGCCAACAUUUCGACCCUCGUUCAGUUGAAUUUAGCAAACAAUAUGAUUGCAACCUUGGAAGCUAAGUCUUUGAUAACGCUGCACAACUUGGAAACACUGGAUCUCUCAAAUAAUGCCAUCGAGAACAUCGAACCGUUGGCGUUUGAUGGUUUAAAUAAACUAGAAGUUCUGAAUUUAGAAAGAAACAAAAUAAAGCAUAUUAACAAAGGUACUUUCUUAGGAUUGACCCAGUUAAGGGAUUUGACAUUGGCUUACAACAAACUUCAAUUCUUCAAAACGGGACUAUUUGGUGGUAUGCCCGAAAUGAGAUACUUGAACAUCUCGCACAAUACAAUUACUUUCGUGAAACGGACUGGCAUCAUGGCAUUGCACAGCUUGCAUACCAUCGAUUUAGGAUAUAAUAAUUUGACUGAUCUCGACUACAAAGUCAUGUAUUAUCAUAUGCCUCGCGUCACUUACAUGAAUUUGAUUGGAAACUACUUCACAUGUGAUUUGAUUACUGAAUUGGACAACUACUUCCUUGAAGACAACAUUAAGUUAUCUGUAGACGGGUUCCUGAGGAAUGACAGUUGCAUUCCAAGCAAAGACAAACAACCAGUGCCCGAAGAAGUAUACGCAGACGAAGAAGAAACCAGUGGAUCGUUUGCCACAUCCUAUAUCGUGUACCCGUUCAUUGUAUUGAUGAACAUACUCGUUUUUAUCUUGCUGUUCAGGUUGGAAAUGAAACUCAGAAAUAUGCCAAAUAUGUCAAGCAAAUCCGUAUCUCAUUCAAAUCUCAUCCAUAGCGAAAUGAAUCCGGCUGAAGAGUAUUAAAAUACAUUUUGUACAGAUCUUUUGUAAUACAUUUUAUACAAAUUUUAAAUAAUAAUAAAAAAAGAAAGGAA